CUUCAACAUCUGCCGCAGUCGUCCUCAUCUGAGUUCAUUGUAACUUAAUUUUUAUACAUUUUCGGACUCGAGCAGCAGCAGAUUCUGCAGCCAACAUGAAAAUCGCAGCGUUUAACAUUCAGAAGUUUGGACGGAGCAAAGUGUCGGAUGCAGACGUUCUGAAGAUCCUGGUUAAGAUUAUUUCCCGUUAUGACAUCAUUGUGAUCCUGGAGGUCGUUGACGCCAGCGGGAAGUCGGUGGACACGCUGGUGCAGGCGCUCAACAAAGCCAACCGGAAACAUCACUACACUCUGAAAAUCAGCACUCGCCUGGGCCGGACGCGCUACAAGGAGCAGUACAUGUUCCUGUACAGGGACGACCUGGUGGACCUUGUGGGAUCGUACCAGUUCGAUGAUGAGAAGACCGAAGGCCUGGACGUCUUUGCCAGGGAUCCGUACAUCCUGCGGUUCAGGUGCCUGAACACAGUUCUGAAAGAUCUGGUGAUGAUCCCAGUUCACACCAAACCCGAGGACUCGGAGAAGGAGCUGGACGAACUCUACGACCUCUUCGUUCACGUCAAGAAGAAGUGGAAGACUGAUAACGUGAUGAUCCUGGGCGACUUUAACGCCGACGGCUCGUAUGUUUCAAAGAAGGACAUGAAAACCAUCCGAAUCCGCAGCGACACGAACUUCCACUGGCUGAUCGGAGACGAUGUGGACACAACGGCCAGCACUGGAAACACCAACACAUACGACAGGAUCGUCGUUUACGGAGACGACAUGCUGCAGGCUGUUGUUCCAAAAUCUGCUAAAACCUUCAACUUCCAGAAAGCUUACAAGCUCUCCAUCGAGCAGGCUCUGAAAGUGAGCGACCAUUACCCAGUGGAGGUGGAGCUGAAGCCCAUGGUAGAAAUAACAGAUGAAGGCGAUGGCCAGAAAGACAAGCUGGGCGGGCUGAAGAUUGAUGAAGACGAGGAUCUAACGGAGCUGAAGAGAGGAAAUCUGCUCCUGGAAAGAGAGAAGCUCAACCUGGAGAUCCAGAUCCUCCGGAUGCAAGUAGCCAAGAUGACCAACGGAGAAGCAGUUUAACCUGAAGAGGCCAGACCUCACUUCACACCUACUCACCAAUCUGUCCAUUUCCAGGCUUGAAGUUGGAAAAACUAGCUAGAUUAAUCAGAAACACAGCCAACAUGACUAUAAGCUGCAAUAAUACUGGUUUGCUGUUAGUGUGUAACAGGAGCCAGUUUUACCAGGCUGGUCUCUGCCUGAAUACGGGACAUUUUUCCAUAUAAUAAAUAAUCUGCCAUUAGGACUA